UUUUGGGUAUUUGCAAUUUUCAUCUAAUUUGAUCAAAUAUAGUUAAGAACUGGUUCCUUGUUUAGUCACACAUCUUGAUCUUUCUCUUAUUGUUUCCAGUGAACCCUGGCGAUCUCGUUAUUUAUGUAAUAAUAAUGUAUACAUCAACCAUCAUGUUUAAAGAUUUGGCCAAUUUUACAUGGUCAAGUGUUUCCUUUAAUAAAGAGAAUCACUUCAGUUGAUGAGAAAUGAUUUAUGCGUCUGAUCAACCUUACCCUGACCACCUAAAGGGUGAUUUAGUUUGUUCAAUGACUUGUCAUCUAGAUUUUUUUCAAUCAUUAUUCACUAUCAUUGAAUUGAGCUUGUCUGAAUUAACCUCUAUCUGUCCUGAAUCGUUCAAUUGUUAAGCUUCCAAUCCGGUCAUUUGAAAGCCUCUUUUUUUACCCAGUCUGGCGUAUUUUCAACAGUCCUGGAGUUAUAUCUGUUACAUCAAAGACAAUGUUCUAGUCUAUCAACCGAAUUAAGGCUUAUUAGACUUAAAGACGCCGAUCAAGAUCAGUAAUUCCUCAACUUAUAACAAUAAAUAGGAAACCAUGGUCUACAUAGGAGCCAUUUUGAGUCUCAAAUUACCAAAGCAGUCAAUUUAAUUCAUCUUUACUUUGGAUCAUUCAGCUCACAAUUAGGGCUACUGCAGAGGAUAAUCUAUCCCUAAUAAUAUGGUUUAAAUGUUAUAAAGGUAAUGAUAGCUUAUAAUCUUACAUUUUCAGGGUUCAGGAAGCAUUUUCUUCCAGAAGCCAAAAAGUCUAAUGCUUCGUGUUAGUUUAUAUUACCUGUUGACCAGGCAAGGGCAUCGACCGGACAUAAAUUUGACUAUGUUGAUUGUAAGCUAUUAUCGCUUGAAAACCAUCAAAUCAACUUUAAUGGCAACAACAAACAAAACAUCAAAUCAUUGAGAUUAAUUUAAAGGCGAUCAAGUUGAACAAUGCUGAAUUGGAAUGAUGUACUUUCCUAAUUGGCUUGCUUCACAUUCUGAAUCUCAGUUUAUUUCAUUUGGUUGGAUGUUAAGUGUUAGAUCCUAUUCAAUAGUUCAUGCAACUAUUAACAGUUCCGUUGAUUACAGUUUUUGCUACUUCUAUUAUUAACAUGCAAUUUGUAUUGCCUUAAACAUUUGCCCGUUAAUUCCUGUGGUUAAUGAUUCUAUUGAGUGUUUAAUGAUAAAUGCUUUACAGGAAGUUGACUGAACAUUCAGUUGGCUGAAUUUUCUAAUGGUAAUGAGAAUUUUUCAUUGAUCCUGUUAAGCUGAUUUCUGGCUCUGAUCAUUUGAUCAUCUUGCUAAAUUUUGAUGGAUAUAAUUGUUCAAGAAAUUGAUCUUAAUAACAGCCAGUUGAGAACGGUGCUAUAAAUUGAAGUAAUGAGAUGAUCCAUAGAUACUAUCAGCUUUUUAUUGUCUUAAUGAUUGAUUCAAUGGAUAAACAUUUUUUUCAUUUUCUGUUGAUCAAUUGAUGAAUUUAAAAAAUUUGAUUGUAUUUGUUGCCAUCACAACGAGUCUGUCAACCUCUUACUGUCAGUCAUCUGAUGGUUGAAUUGCUUCUCUCUUUUUCAUCCUUGGCUCUCCUUACCUUGACAUACGCUGAAUCUGUUGCUGUUUUUCAUUAUCACUGUGACUGCUAUAAUUAGUGUCUGUUUUCAAAAAACACAUUAUCAGAUUCAUUGACAUUUCAGCUUUAAAUUUGGUGUUCUGUGACAGUUUAAUCUCAAAGUAAUCAUCAUUCCUUCUCAUUAUUGGAAAUGAGGAUGGAGAAGGAAAGAGUGACUCGUUAAAACAUGUGUAUUGCAUGAAAUGCUGUAGAAGAAUCAAAAUUAUUGUCUAAUUUUAAUCUUGUGUCCUGUUAAUUAUGGCUACAAUCAGUGAGCGCUCGAUACUUAAUGUUAAUAUUGGUUUACUGGGUCAUAUUGACUGUGGUAAAACAAGUUUGGCUCGUAGUUUGAGCAGUAAAAUGAGUACUGCCUGUUUUGAUAAACAUCCUCAAAGUCAGGAAAGAGGAAUCACAUUGGAUCUUGGCUUUUCUGCAUUUUUCAUGCCUCCGUCCGAUAGUAUGAAGAGGACUUAUCCUGCAUUGGAACAAUUACAGGUUACUUUGGUUGAUUGUCCUGGCCAUGCUUCACUCAUCAAAACAAUCAUAAGUGGUGCUCAAAUUAUUGAUCUCAUGUUAUUGGUAAUUGAUGUCACCAAAGGUCUGCAAACGCAAACAGCUGAAUGUCUUGUUAUCGGUGAGAUAACUUGUAAUCAGCUUAUUGUUGUCCUCAAUAAGAUUGACCUUUUACCAGAAUCUACUCGUUCUGAAGCUAUUGAAAAGAUGACUCGACGAAUGACAAAAACGUUGGAAAAGACAAAAUUUGCUGAAGCGCAAAUAAUUCCUGUUAGUGCCACCGAGUCAACUGACAAAGAUAGUCGACAAAAAUGGGGUAUCGAAGAUUUAAUUGCUGCAAUUAGAAUGGAUAUUAAACCAUUCGAGAGAGACUCUUCAGGGGCAUUUUUGUUUGCUAUUGACCAUUGCUUCUCCAUCAAAGGUCAAGGUACAGUUAUGACUGGAACUGUGAUUCAAGGCUCAGUAAAAGUCAAUGAGAUUAUCGAAAUUUCCACGCUGAGUUCAAAAAAGAAAGUUAAAAGCAUUCAAAUGUUCAAAGAACCGAUCAUGAGCGCUAUGCAAGGAGAUCGUAUUGGAAUAUGUGUCACUCAAUUUGAUUCUAAAAACCUGGAAAGAGGAAUUGCCGCUUCCCCUGGCUAUUUGGAACUAUGUUAUUGCCUAGUUGUGUCUCUUAAACGCAUUCAAUAUUAUAAAGGAACCAUCGAAAACAAAGCUAAAUUUCACAUUACCAUAUUACAUGAGACGGUUUUAGGCAGAAUCGAGUUGUUUACGGGUUUGAUACCUUUUGAUCCAAGCUGUGAAUAUCUAGCGAUAGAUUCCUAUGAGGAAGGUGAUGUCAAUAAUGAAGCACUAGCCGAUAAUGUGACCUAUGCUUUGAUCCAUUUAGAGAGACCAGUAAUUGCUUCUAAAGGAUCUCUGAUUAUUGGUUCUAAACUUGAUACAGCUAUCAAUGUCAACACUUGUCGAUUAGCCUUUCAUGGUACUGUUUUGGAUAAAGUAACAGAUAAAGAUUAUGUCGAUAAUUGGUUGCCUUCAUUGUCAUUGUACAAAAUAAAAACCAAGAAAGGAACCAUUGAAAGAAUACCGGAUGAAUAUGAGGCAAUCGCGAAUAUUUUCAAAAAAGAAACAAACAUUGCAACUUUUAAAGGAUUCGAAGUAACUUUUAGCACUGGAGAAAUUGGCUUUAUUGAUGGCUCUUUUGGACAAAAAGGCAAAGUGAAAAUAAGGAUUCCAGAUGGGAUUAAAGACAAAUCGUUGAUCAGCAAAUCCUCUAAAAUCAGUAAAUUUGAAAAAGAGAUAACAGUUAGUAUUUCAUUUAAGCGUUAUAUACACGAUAAAGAAAAAAGAGUAAUGAAAAUAUAGAAAGUAAAAUUAAUUUUAUCAUAUGUCAAUAUGGGUUAGCCAAUAGACUGAAAGAUGAGUCACAAUGAUUAUGAUGAUUUGUUCAAGAUGAUUUAAUUGAAUUAAGAAUCGGCCAUUACGAACUGGAAUCCUGAAUUAAACAUAUGCGCACUUUUUAGUAUACAUUUUCAAUGUUGCUUCGAGAUGCGCUUUUUGCUGCAUUAACUCAUGUAGCGUAUUCCGUAAUUCAACAUUACCAAGUUCUAAUUCCUCAGUUUCACGAGCCAAUUUAUUGGUAUACUCAAUACGUCUCUGUCUACAUCGAGCAGCAGCUUGUUUAUUUCUUUCCCUGCGAAUACGUUUUCUUUCCUCUUCAUCAACAGGAGCCUAAAUAAGCAACAACAUAAUAUUGUAAAAAUAACAUGAAAACAUUGAUACAGAGUAAUCACAAGGCAAAGAUAUGUAAAAGAAUAGUUAGAGGCUCAAUUGAAAUCGGUGAAAGUUGAUACUCACUUUAUCCCCACAUGAACUGUUACUGUUGCUGUUACAGUUUUCUGGAUUUAUCUUAAGAUUUGGUGAGGCAUCUCUCGAAAGAUCAUCACUGUCAAAUUGUGAAUCAUAACCUGUAAUGAACGGAGCUACUAUUGGAGGCACAAACCCAGCUUGAUACUGAUGUUCCAUUUCUAACUUUGUACAAUAUUCACUGGUAAAAUUAAGCACUGAAAUGAUAAUUUACACAAUAAAAUAAACACAGGAUGAAGUGAAUUAAAUUAA